CCCUUCGCUUGGUUUAGUUGACGCCACUGUUGCCGGCCUGCCAUUUCCGGAUUCACCGGCCGGUCGUCGACGGCGGUUUUCGACAAGGCGUUUCUUUAGUGUACUUCCUUCCCAAACAUUCGCAUCUCAAAAUGACUAAGGGUACCUCCAGCUUUGGUAAGCGGCGCAAUAAGACGCACACAUUGUGCCGUCGUUGUGGCAGAUCAUCCUACCACAUCCAGAAGUCCACUUGUUCGCAAUGCGGAUACCCAUCUGCUAAGCUCCGCCACUUCAACUGGUCGGUGAAGGCCCAGAGGAGGAAGACCACUGGUACUGGCCGUAUGAGGCACCUCAGGAUUGUCAGGAGGCGUUUCAGGAAUGGCUUCCGUGAGGGCGGUAGGGCUCUUCCCCGCAAGUCUAACCAGUAAACUUACAUGAUUGUCUCAUAAUAAAAAAAAUUAAAAAUUC